GUGGGUGCCAAGUGGUCUAGUGACCCGGCCCUGCUGUCAUCUCUAUCUACGCAUUCAGUCCUAGGGUUUCCCCAAUAUCUCCCUUUCGCCAAAGAUCGAAUAUUUGACAGCCUCAUAUUCAUCAUCGGAAGCUCUUUAUCCCCAGCAAAAUCGCCGACUGUUAAGUGCGGAAAACAAUGGCGAAGUCUAUGAGGUCUAAGAGGGAGAAGAGGCUGAGAUCCAUAAGAAGAGAGAUUUUGUCUGUGGAUCCAAUCACCCUGAAGAAAGAGGCCGCUAAGCUCGCUGCCCAAGAAGCUGCCCUUGCUGCCCCUAAGCUUCCCGUCCGCUCCCAAUCCACCCCAAAUACGCCCAUGGAUAUGGCGGCAGUAUCCGGGACGUCCAUCUCUAGCAGCAAGGAUAACGAUAUGGAUGUUGAGAUGACAGACAAAGACAAAAAUAUGAAGUUGAAACCUAUUGGAAAGAAGAUGAAAAAGAAGCUCAAGUUGGCUAAGAAGAAAGGUCACGGUAAAGGCAAGAUUAGGAAAAGAAAUGUUUGAAUCCCCAAUUGCUAUGAAGCUAUAAUGAUUUCUAUCGAUGUUUGUUGGAAAGCUUAUCUUUCUUGUGCUAUGGUUAUUAUCUUUUUUGAACAGAAAAGAGGACUAUUAGAAAUGACUGUGAUUUUGCUUCCAUUGUUUUUCUCUUAAAAUGUGUGGUAAGGUUCAAAAAAGCUGAAAUCACGCCAUAUUUGCCCCAAACUUUUUUCAACCUUUUUCAACCGAAGAUGCUUGCAGUAUAGUUUUGCUGCUGUGCCUGGUGAUUUUUGCAGCAGUGGUAUUUGGCUUUCAAUCACGAAUGGGAGAGCAAAAAUGUACUCAUAAAUGCUGCAGUUAGUUUUUUGUGAUUUUGGAAGAACCAUGCUACAAUAAUGCCAAGGAUGAUGCCUUUGGUGGUGUCAACUUUGGUGUCAAAAGUCGGUUUUUGUAGUGUUAUUGAUUUGAGAAAGGGGAAAAUGUAAGGGAAAUGGUUUUGGCUUUUCCAUAUUUGGUUUUAUACAUUAGAAAAUUAUAUGAAAACUGAAUUUGAUUGAAUCCCUAAAAACCUAUUCAUAUGCUGAUAAUU